AUGUCUUCUAGGAGUACUCUCUUUGGUUUUGUUAUCUUCUCCAUUUUUCUGUUGAUUAAUCAUGGAGUCUCUUCAGUAGAAUAUGGGGAAGCUCUGACAAAAUCUUUGUUGUAUUUUGAGGCUCAACGAUCAGGGAAGCUGCCAUCUAACCAGAGAGUGCAAUGGCGGGGAGAUUCUGGGCUUCGAGAUGGCAGUGGUGGAGGAGUUGAUCUUGUGGGAGGAUAUUACGACGCCGGGGACAACGUAAAGUUUGGUUUCCCCAUGGCUUUCACGAUGACAAUGCUUUCAUGGAGCGCAGUAGAUUUCCGAGCACAACUCGAGGCCAAGAAGGAGCUUUCAAAUGCACUGGACGCCAUCAAGUGGGGCGCUGAUUACCUGAUCAAAGCCCAUCCCGAGCCGAACGUUCUCUACGGUGAAGUCGGCGACGGCAACUCCGACCAUGAGUGUUGGCAGAGGCCGGAAGACAUGACAACCCCACGAACAUCUUAUAGGAUUGAUGAACAGCACCCAGGCUCUGAUCUUGCUGCUGAAACUGCUGCUGCUCUUGCUGCUGCUUCUAUUGCUUUCAAGCAAACAGACUCCAUUUAUGCUUCCCAGCUUUUAGGCCAUGCAAAACAGCUCUAUGACUUCGCAAGCAAUCACCAAGGGUUGUACCAAAACAGCAUUCCUGUAGCAGGACAAUUCUACAGCAGCAGUGGAUUUGAGGAUGAACUGUUGUGGGCGGCUGCAUGGCUUCAUCGUGCCACUGGCGAUCAAACUUACCUAGAUUUCUUAGAGGAAUCACAGAAUACUGGUGGCACGAGAUCCAUGUUUUCGUGGGACGACAAGUUUGUCGGCGUACAGGUCCUAGCCGCCAAGCUUGUUUUGGAGGGGAAGGUAGAGUAUUCAGACACAUGGGAGCAGUACAAGAAGGAGGCAGAGCAGUUCAUAUGCUCGUGUCUUGAGAAAGGCAACAGCAAUUUCAAGAAGUCGCCGGGGGGUUUGCUGUGGUUUCAGCCAUGGAAUAACCUUCAAUACACCGCCACCGCUACCUUCAUUGCGACUGUAUAUUCCGAUUAUCUCAAGCCCAAAAAUGCUUCUGUCCAAUGCAACGGUGGCAUUGUUCAGCCCUCUGAACUAAUUGCCUUCGCCCAAUCACAGGUGGAUUAUAUAUUGGGUGAAAAUCCAGAAAAGAUGAGCUACAUGGUGGGAUUCGGCUCAAACUAUGUGCAACAAGUUCAUCACAGAGGAGCAUCCAUUGAAUCCAUAAAGAAGAAGCCUGAAGCUGUGACGUGCAAAGGAGGGUUUGACCUAUAUUUCAAUAGAGCUGAGCCCAACCCAAAUGUCUUGGACGGUGCAGUCGUUGGAGGCCCCGAUGAGAACGAUGGCUACACCGACUCCAGAUCUAACUUUCAACAGGCCGAGCCUGCAACUGUUAACACUGCACCACUCGUCGGCGUUCUAGCUCGGCUCGCCUCAUGA